AUGCAUAUCGAUCUUUCAAUUCUAACAACACUAUUUAUAAUACCAAAUAAUCUUAAAAAUAACAAAAAUAAUGAUAAUCAAAAUAUAAUACAAAAAGGUGGAAAGAAGAAGCCAUUAAAGCAACCAAAGAAGGACUCUAAGGAAUUGGACGAAGAUGACAUUGCCCUCCAACAAAAGCUCAGAGAAGAUGCCAAAAAAUUAAAGGAGAUGCAAGAUCGUGCUAAAGCUGGUGGUCCACUCUCUGGUGGAGGCAUCAAAAAGUCUGGAAAGAAAUAA